AUGCGAGAGAGAAAAAAAAGGUUGCAAAAACGGCAAACAUUGGUGCUGGCGAUAGCCAUUGCCAUUCAUUUUGGCAUUGUCAAGUCCGAUCUAAAAAUCCAGUUUGUUUUUCUGCGUUGGUGAAAGGCAAAAAAGGUUCAAGGGUUGCGUGGGCGGAGCCAAGGCUUUUCGAAGGAGGAGAGGUACGGGCGCGCAGGAGGCUUUGGCGCGACAGGCGGCCCCAUCGGUAUAAAACGAGCGCCGUCGGCAGCGGAAUCCGCACCGUCAUGCACUCCGACAACCACGACGAGAAGAAGCUGUGGCUCGAGGCCGAGAGCCUCCGCCGCAUCGCCUUCUUCGGCAUCUGCAUCAGGUGAGAUAUUUAGUUUCCUUAUUCAAAUUUCAAGUAUUGAGUGAAGUUAUAGACUUCAGAGUUUUUUGAAAAUUUCGUCAAGGGUUCCUAGUUAUGUUUCUCUAAAAUAAGGCUCCUCUUUGGAUUUUUGGGUGACUCCUGAGUUCUUAAAUGAUUAGAGUACUCUGAGACUUUCCCCAGGGAUUUUUUUAUUUUUUUCUUUCGAAUAUUCAUAAUUGAGCUGUAUUUUAUAAUUUUGGAUCACUCGUUCAGUUUUUCGACUUGUUAGUUGUGUAUCGAUUCAGCCUCUUUUUGUUUAUUUUUUCAAAGUUUUCCUUUUCAAAGAUUUUAAAAAUGUUUUAUACCAAUCAAAUUUAGUAAGAUGAAUGAUUUUAACGCUUCACGGUUGCUGUGAAAGGCUGUUAUCUUGUCAAUUAAUUUACUAUAUCACUUGCAAUUUCUGAAAAUGUUUGUUCGAAAUGCUUAUUAUUGGAUUUUAGUUUCAUUUUAACUUUUCAAUCAUUUCGAAAAUUUUUUUAAGCUUUUUUUCAGAUCUUUUUAAUGAACACGUUACUGUAAUUCUUUCGUUUUCAAAACUUUCUUGUCAACCGAUUCUGAAAAAACUUCUAUUUCUCGUACAGAAGAUAAAUUUACAGUCUAUUCUAUAGAAAAUCUUUACUGAGGUUAUAUAGGAUGAGCAUGCUCAGCUUUCAAACAAAAGAAAACCUUUGCAAAGGUUGAAAAAACAAACUAACGAUCUUCAAGUAGAUAAAAAAAUAUCUGAGUAUCCGAUUUUGCAGCACCGUCGCGACGUUGACGGCCAUCGUGGCGAUCCCAUCGCUGUACAACUACAUGCAGCACGUUCAGUCGACCCUCCAAACCGAAGUCGACUUCUGCAAGCACCGCACCAACGGCCUCUUCGACCAGUAUGAGCGCAUGCAGCAGAUCAAGGGCGUCCGAGGAAACCUCGUCGUCAAGCGUCAGGCCGGCUACGGCGCCCCCGCCGAGUACGGAGACCAAGCCGUCCACGGAAGCCAAGCCUCGUCUGGCGGAUCUUGCUGCUCUUGCAAGACCGGCGCCGCUGGACCCCCAGGACCACCAGGAACUGACGGAAGAGACGGAAAGGACGGUCUUCCCGGACCUGACGGUCAGCCAGGCUCUGACGCCGAGCCAGACGCGCAGCCAACCGCCGACGACUUCUGCUUCGACUGCCCAGCCGGACCACCAGGACCAGCCGGAAACCCAGGACCAAAGGGAGCUCCAGGAAACAACGGCGCUGACGGACAGCCAGGAUCCGAUGGUCAGCCAGGAGCCGCCGGACAAGCUGGACCUCCAGGACCAGCCGGACCUGAUGGACAGCCAGGAGCCGCCGGAGAGGCCGGAGCACCAGGAGUCGUUGAAGAGGUGAGAAAAUGAGAGCAACUUCUGAAUCUUAUCAACUUAUUUGCAGGUCUCUGUCCCAGCUGGACCCCCAGGACCAGCCGGAGCUCCAGGAGCCCCAGGACCAGACGGACAGCCAGGAGCCCCAGGAAACGCCGGACAGGACGGACCACAGGGACCACCCGGAGACGCCGGAUCCGACGGAGCGCCUGGCCAGCCAGGACAGCCCGGAGAGCAAGGACAAGCCGGAGAGCCAGGAGCCGGCGGCGGCUGCGACCACUGCCCACCACCACGCACCGCGCCUGGAUAUUAA